CUAACUGAAGGAGAAGGUUUCUCAUUGUUGAAAAAGGGAAAUUAGAGGAAGAAGAAGAAAAGAGAGUGUAGAGAGACUCGAAAUCAAUCGGAAGAAGAAGAAAUGAGCGGAGUUUCGACGGCGGCGUACUUUGCGCGGCGAGCGGCGCAGAAGGAGAGGGUUCGAAUCCUUUAUCGCCGUGCCCUUAAGGAUACUCUCAAUUGGGCUGUUCAUCGCCAUAUCUUCUACCGUGACGCUUCUGAUCUGCGUGAGAAGUUCAAUGCCAACCAAGAUGUGGAGGAUGUCGACAGAAUCGACAAACUGAUUGCUCAUGGUGAAGCAGAAUACAACAAAUGGCGGCACCCUGAUCCUUAUAUCGUUCCAUGGGCUCCUGGUGGCUCAAAGUUCUGUAGAAACCCGACUCCGCCUGCUGGGAUUGAGAUUGUGUAUAACUAUGGUCUAGAAGACAACCCAUAAACCUAGCUUCCAUAUUUUCACACCCAUCAAUAAAAUUGAAGCAUCCGAUGGCUAUGGUUUGGAGACGACUUUCAAGGUUGAAACUUUGAGGGACCCAUUGUUGUUUUAAAGAUGUUUCGUUCCAGUAAGACAAUAUCUUGUUUCAACUUGGUUUAUUUCUUUCAUCUAAAACAUUUCCGGCUGCUCUUGAGUCAUGGAUGUUGGACCAUGAAAACUUGUCAGUAAAACAACAAAAUUGUGGUCUUUUUUCCUUUGUUCAACCUUGGCUGCAAAUCGAAUACCGGAGAAUGAAUCGUAUAACUCUAA